AUGUCGGAAAGCAGUGUUCUCAUCUACAUGGUCCGGCGGGACUUGCGCGUCUCUGACAAUCCUAUCCUUCAUCACCUCGCCUCAUCAUCUGAUCAUGGAUUCACGCAUCUCUUGCCUGUCUUCGUCCUCCCUCCUCAUCAGAUCGAGGUGUCCGGGCUGCUCAAAGAGGGAACGACAUCACCCUACCCUGAAGCCAGAAGUGAAGUUGGGCGGUUCUGGAGAUGUGGCCCGCAUCGAGUCAAAUUCAUCGCACAGUCGAUAUGGAAUAUGAAGGACAACCUCACGAAACUCGGCAAUGAUCUGACCAUUCGUGUUGGCAGACAUGACGAGGUCUUGAAGGAUAUCGUGGACGGACUCGGACAGAACGGCCAUAACGUCAAGGCUGUGUGGAUGAUUGGAGAGGAGGGUUAUGAGGAAGAGCGAGACCAGAAGACUAUGGCACGGACGUGUUCGAAACUCGACAUUGAUCUUCGGAUAUGGGUGGAUGAGAAGUAUUUUAUUGACGACCGAGAUCUCAAACUCGAAACCUCUCAAGACCUUCCAGAUGUAUUCACCACAUAUCGGAAGAUGAUGGAACCUCUCCGAGAACGGCCAAGGGCAACAGUUCCAACUCCGUCCGAAGGUGCUCUGCCCAAGGCACUCGAAGCCUCCGAGAUCCCGAGUCAGGCAGAGCCAUUCGAGAUCCCAUCUUCUCUGGAUUCAUUCGAGGGGGCUCUGCUACGCCCUGUAGCAGAUGCGUUGCCAAAGGCUGUCAUGGUCGAUGAUGUUAAAUCUGCUCACCCAUUCCGCGGCGGCGAGGACAAUGUUCAGGAUCGAUUGGACUAUCUGAUCAAUUCAGGCAGCGCGUUGGGUUAUAAGAGCUCGCGAAACGGACUUCUGGGCACCGAUUUCAGUACCAAGCUUUCUGCAUACCUCGCACAAGGAUGUAUCACAGCCCGUCAGGUGCAUGAAGCCCUCGUGGCUUACGAAGGCGGCAAGGCGGAGAAGUUUGCCGAGGCCAAGGCAUACGGCGAAGGGGAGAAUGAAGGGACCAAGGCCAUCCGAUUUGAAUUACUCUGGCGCGAUUACAUGAGGCUCUGCACGAGGAAGUUCAAGAACAAGCUGUACUACCGGUCUGGUUUUCGAGACGACCAAUCGAAUAAGUGGCAAACGGCCAAUGUGAAAGAGCAGACUGACUACCAAAAGAAGUCAGCAGACGAAAUCGCCAAGAUAAUCCAAAGAGUCGUUGAGGGCUCCACGGGCCAGAGUCUCAUUGAUGCGUCACAGCGGGAGCUCAUUUUCACUGGGUAUACCUCGAACCGAGCCCGACAAAAUGUGGCCAGUUUUCUGGCGAAGCAUCUGGACAUCGACUGGCGCUAUGGAGCUGAAUGGUACGAGAUGCUGCUCGUCGACUACGACGUCUCCUCCAACUGGUCCAACUGGCAGUACGUGGCUGGUGUGGGCAACGAUCCCCGUGGCGAAGCCCGUAUCUUCAAUCCAGUGAAGCAGGCCUUCGACUACGAUAAGGAGGGAGAGUACGUUCGUUGUUGGGUACCGGAAUUGCGGAAACUCGAGAAUUUGGAGAAUUUGUUCCAGCCGUGGACGACACCCAAGGAAGAUUGGGAUCGCCUUGGGUUGACAGGCAUCCCUAUGGCCGAGGACCCCGUCAAGAAGAUCGAAUUCUCGGUUGAGGGCAAACCCAAGAGUUCUCGACGACCGUUUCCCCGCAGCAGCCAAACGGAGGUCAGCAAAUGCCAUACAGACAAACCCCGGAUUAUCAACCAAAUGACGGGUUACGAAACCCUCGGGGCGGUUUCCGGGGCGGUAGAGGAGACAGGGGAGGCUUGCGAGGUCGUGGGUAUGGCGGGCCUGGCGGGUAUAGCGGACCUGGUGGACCUAGAGGAGGAGGAUUUCGAGGGGGUCGAGGGCAAGGGCAAUGGCAAGUGCAACAAGGCUGGCAACCAGGCUAUUAUCCUCAGCAGCCCCGAGGACCAAUGCCGAUGUGGUCACAACCCGGACUCGGACCAGCACAAUAGGAUGUGCAGGAUCGGCCUGGUAGUUUGGCCCCUCACGAGUUCCUUCCUCUGA